AUGUCAUCUCACAAAGGCAUCAAGUUCUUGUUUGCAAUAUUAGCUUGCUACUCUGGUAGUGUAAUUGCAGAAACAUGCUUCCAAUCUCCUCAGUCUGCCCAGUACUGCAGGGAUGGAUUGUGUGGACCUCUAUCUUGUGCAUCCAUCGAAGAAACUUGUGAAUCUUACUGCAAUUCAAUGGAUAAGAAAGCUACUGUUCAUUGCUCGAGAAAACUGAUUUACCCAAACAACCACUGGAAGGUUGAUUGCAGCUGCCAUAAAAGCGACUUUGGCGAACUUGAUGCCUUGAAAUACUCUUUGAACGUGCUUGGUGAACCUCUACCUCUUCAUCAAGUUGAAUGUGCCACCAGCACUCUUUCAUCGGCUCCUCUCUUGAUUGAUGAGGCACCUGAGCUGAAGCUGGUCCGACGAUUGAAUUUGCAACAAACUGCAGCCCCAAGCUCCAGCCCUCUUCCAUCCGCUACCACCACAUCUGCUGCUGCUUCACCGUCACCUACAUGUCCCCCCAUUCGAUACUUUGAUGUGAUAUAUUACCCUGGACAAAUGAACCAGCUCGGAUGGGUGUGGUCAUGUAACGGCUGGAGUUGCCCCAUGCCCCAUUGUUUCGUCAAUGAAGGGCCAUACUCAGGAUGGUGCGCCCAAAAUGGGAACGACUUGGCAGUAGCUGGAAAGGUCUGCGCUAACGGUACCUUUGUGGAUGCCGAAACCUGCCUUUAUCCUUCUACUAAAUACUUUGGGAGAUGCUAUCCCCUUGGUAGUAUGAAUGCACUUGGCUGGACGUGGACAACUCGAGGAUGGGAGUGUGAUUUACCAUCGUGUUUCGUGACGCAGGGACCUUAUUCAGGAUGGUGCACCGUCAAUGGGGAUGGCAACAAGAUCCCUGGCUCCAUUUGCUCAAACGGAAACUUUGUCUCAGUCGAAACAUGUCCUUACCCUGCUGUAAAGUACUUUGGAGAGUGCUUUGUCAUUGGAAACGUCAACAGAUUGGGUUGGACUUGGACUCUUGACGGAUGGCAAUGCCCAGCUCCUUCAUGUCCAGUACCUAGUGGCCAGUACGCCGGAUGGUGUGCGAUGGACAGAGACGGUAGCAAACUCGGAUUACUUACCUGUAUGAAUGGUAACUUUGUUGAUCUUGGUUGUCUAUCUCCCAGUAUUAGAUACUUUGGACAAUGUUACAACAUUGGCGACAAAAAUACUCUUGGCUGGAUGUGGAGCCAAGCUGGUUGGGUUUGUCCAGCACCCGCAUGUGCUGUUCCUUCGGGACCUUGGCCUUGGGAUCGUCGUCAGAUGCGGCUGGGAUGGUUGAUUCGGUCGUUGAAAUUGAUCUUGUCUCCACUUAUGUCUACAGAAACCUUUAAGCAUCCCAACUCUCGCAACAAUGUGCCGCUGUCGUCCGUAGUGAUCACUGCUCUGGCUAUAAUCGCUGCCGCUGUAUGGGCUCUUGUGUAUACUGCUACUGUCAGCACUAUGGGUCUGCAGUCAGAAUCAUGCAAACCACGACAAUUUGCUCCACUCAACACCGUAUCUAGUGCUGAUGCUGCUGUUGAUACUGCUUUUGAAGAGUACAGGGUCAGACACGAACGAGCUCUGCGAAAUGUUACAGCUCAUCCUUGGAUCAUAUCAAAGGCCAUCUAUGGUGGACUUGGAAAUCGUUUACCGCAGCUCGUCAAUGGAAUAGUGCUAGCUCUCCUGACAAACCGAACUGUCUUAUUGGAAUAUCCUGAUCAUGUGAGAAACAUUUGGAAUUUCAACCUGGACUUGGACCGAUGGAAUAGAGACUUGGGCGAGGAGGAAGAUCAGGUUAUGAUAGUCGGAGAAGCAGUCUUGCUAAAGGAACGAGCUCGGAAACUCUUCACGGACUGUAUUACAGAAGACCUGUCAGCAUACUAUGAUGACCCCGAGCAUGGUGGUGUACGAACGUGGGUAAUCCUCGGUGUGGAUUACUUUGUUCCGUUUUGGCAGGCCAAUCCUCACUACCGCAAAAAGUUUGAAACUAUAUUCCCCGAUGGCCGUGUUGCAUAUCACGUAUUACGAAAGACUCUUGGACUUAGGUCCGCUCUGGAUAAAGCCUUGUCUGAAUACAAGGCUGCCCAUUUCCGUCCAUACAUGGUUGGAAUCCACGUCAGAGCUCAUAAGCUUAAAAACAUUGGUUAUAUGCGUUCAUACGCAACAAUAGCAAAGCAAUUAGCCAUGGUAUCAGGCAGGCCUAUGGAUGAGGUGGGCUUCCACCUAGCUACAGAUAACGUCCAGUCUCGAGACGAACUGAUAUCCUGGUUGGGAGUGGAUUAUGUCAGCUAUCUGCCCGUAAACUUCACCGCAAACAAUGGCGAAGGUAAUCCAGGAGGUAGUGACGAGUUUGCGGCUAUAGAUUAUGUAGCAUUAGGGUCUUGUGACGCUGUAGUGGCAACAUACGGCUCUAGUUUUGGGCAAUGGGCUGGAUCUUGGUCUGGAAGGCCGUAUGUCACCAUGAACCAGCGACUGGACACCUACAAUACUACUAGAGAAGUCUCUUUCUGGAAUAGUCUUAUAUCCGAACCUUGUAGCUUUUCCGUAAAACAGUUUGCAGAGACACCUGGUGCUGGAUCACAUAACCUGACGGAGCUGGAAGAGCAGUAUGCUAGGGACGUCAUGUAUGGAAACUGGGCUUCUAUUGAAAAAAAUCGAGAAACACGGGCUGUAUCGUUUUUAAUGGCAUUGCCCCAAUAUUUACAUCACACGCAGUAUGCGGAAGUCAAGUGGGCAUUAGCUGUACAGGCUCUCAGUGCUGCAGUGGCGAUGGGCAAUAACUGUGACUCGUCAUAUUUAUCAUGGUGGCCAACUGCCCCCAUCUCUAGGGUAGUAGCAUGUGCAUCGCCCAGCAUCCUGUACUUUGGAGUAUGCUAUUCAGUUGGGUCGCAAAACGCCCUCGGUUGGACGUGGACUGGUAAUAGCAGCACCUGGCAAUGCGUACUCCCAUCAUGUCCUGUAUCUACAGGUCCUUAUGCUGGUUGGUGCACUUCGAGCGGAAACACUGCGGCAAUCCCAGGCUCUAUCUGCUCCAACGGAAAUUUCACCACGGCUUGCACCGGUUGUUGUGCGCCCAGCAUUUCGUAUUUCGGAGUGUGCUACUCUGUAAACCAGACCAACAGUCUAGGAUGGCGUUGGGAUGGAAGUAAUUGGCAGUGCUCGGCACCGUCGUGUAUUGUAUCUUCAGGACAGUUUAACGGUUGGUGUACCACAGACGGCGACACCAACAAAUUACCUGGCUAUAAAUGUAGUAACGGAAACUUUGUGUCGACAUCGACAUGCAUCUCGCCCAGUAUAUCGUAUUUUGGAACAUGCUAUUCGGUCGGUCAAGCAAACUCACUGGGCUGGAUAUGGUCUGUUGGUGGCUGGCAGUGUCCUUCACCAUCGUGUAUAGUAUCUACAGGUCCUUAUGCUGGAUGGUGCUCGUCUAAUGGAGAUACUAGCAAAGUAGCAGGGUCCAAGUGCACGAACGGAGAAUUCGUUUCAACAGCAGUUUGCACUUGUUGUGCUCCCAGCAUUUCGUAUUUCGGAGUAUGCUACUCUGUCAACCAAACAAAUAGUCUUGGAUGGCGUUGGGAUGGAAAUAAUUGGCAAUGCUCGGCACCGUCGUGUAUUGUAUCUUCAGGACAGUUUAACGGUUGGUGUACCACAGACGGCGACACCAACAAAUUACCUGGCUAUAAAUGUAGUAACGGAAACUUUGUGUCGACAUCGACAUGCAUCUCGCCCAGUAUAUCGUAUUUUGGAGUAUGUUACGCUGUUGGUCAAGCAAACUCACUGGGUUGGAUAUGGUCUGUUAGUGGUUGGCAGUGUCCGUCGCCAUCCUGUAUAGUAUCAACGGGCCCGUACACUGGAUGGUGUUCUGCCAACGGAGAUACUAGCAAAGUAGCGGGAUCCAAGUGCGCGAAUGGACAGUUUGUAUCAACAGCAGCUUGCACUUGUUGUGCGCCAAGUACACUAUACGGUGGGACUUGUUACGCUUUAAACCAAGUCAAUUCGUUGGGCUGGACCUGGACAAACAGUGGUUGGCAAUGUUCAUCACCAUCGUGUAGUGUACCUUCAGGCCCAUAUGCAGGAUGGUGUACUACUAGUGACGUAGCAUACACAGGCUUCACGUGCGCGAGUGGAACUUGGGUGGCGCAAUCGACAUGUAGCACACAAACCGUCUGGAAUUCCAACGCAGUUGCAAUCCCUUCGUCUAGUACCGGAUACGAUGGAACAAGCACAUUGACCAACCUGAACGGAGCUACUCAGUUCAACCCACAGGCUGGUGCUUGGUGGUUUGCAAGUACCGGCAGUACCUGCUACGACGUUUCUCGCUUUAGCUAUUUGACAAUAUAUGUAAGAAUCAUUGCUGGUCCAUCGGCACCACUCUCAAUUGGUUUCGACAUAUACGAUCCAACAUGUACGACCAAGGCCAAUACCUUGUUCUACGCUGUAUCAGCCGUCACUGUUUCAACUACCAGCUGGCAGAUGAUUUCGGUGAACCUGGCAUCGGUUAUUACCGAUUCCACCUCACGCCAACGUGUCAAGGCAAUCGUUCUGACCGGAUUCUCUGUUGGCUCUGUAUAUCAGUGGAGUUCCAUAACGUUCCAGUCAUGUCUUCCGACUCCAAGCCCUGUUGCGUCUAUAGCACCAAGCCCCGUUCCUUCUCCAAUUCCACUGCGAACCGAUUUACCGAUAUUGGUGAGUGGCCAAUGUGGUCCAACUGCUGGUGGUAUCUGCAACGUCCAGAGCACGGAUUCAUGUUGCAGUGCUUACGGCUAUUGUGGAAGUGGAACUACGUGGUGUGGUGCUGGUUGCCAGCCCGCGUACGGAAACUGUGAUGGAAAUCCAAGACCAUCUCCAUCACCAACUGCGUCGCCUCUGAUAUGCUCACCUGGACCAUCUGCAACUCCAACUAUGCCAGCGUCAUUUAACUCGAGGUUGGCAGCAGGCACUCUUAUUGGUGGAUAUUGGGGUCAAAACAGUUAUGGAGGCGUCAAUCCUUCUCAGCCAACGAAAUGGCAAAAGAAUCUCGAUUACUACUGUGACGUCACGCAAGGGUCCAAAUCAACGGUUUUCGACUACCUUGUAAUCUCGUUCCUGGAUAUCUUCCCCUUCACGAGCGUCACAGUGAACGGAAGCACAUACUACCUUCCACAAGUCGAAACUAGUGCUGGAUGCUCCGGUAGCGGCAUCAAUGGGUUAAACAACUGCUCAUCCAUUACAUCCGCUAUCGAAAAAUGUCAAUCUCUUGGCCGCAAAGUGUUUUUGAGCAUUGGUGGUGCAACUGGAAAUUUCAAUUUUGCUGUACCAAGCGUGCCAUCGGCUGGUCCAUCUCCUGUUGCUUCUGCUACGACCAAGAAUACCGCGUCUGCUACUUCUGUUCCGUCGACAACGGUGUUUUCUGCUACCACGACCACGGUCGUGCCUGCUGUCUCUGCUACACCUGCUCCUACAGACAUGACUGUACAGCUUGCAUAUGCAGUUUGGAAUAUGUUUUUGGGAGGAACGUCGGCGCCAUGGAAUCAGUAUCGACCGUUUGGUUCGGUUGUGCUUGACGGCAUCGAUUUGGAUAUCGAGAGUGGAAAUCCUUCUGGGUGGCCAUCAUUCGUUGCUCAGCUUCGGACGCUAAUGACAACUGAUUCGACACGGCAAUAUUACAUUUCUGCUGCACCUCAAUGCCCAUACCCUGAUCUGAGCGAUGGUCCCGGAAUGGGAACCGUCCUUGGUGCUAUUACUGCAUCGACUUAUAUCGACUUGGUGCAAGUGCAAUUCUACAAUAAUCCGUCUUGUGCGUUGAACGCCUUCCAGAUUGGAUCGUCGACUCAGCUGAGUUACAACUAUGCUACAUGGGCCAACUGGGCGAAAACUGUGAAUACCACCAUUGUCAUACUGGUGCCUGCUUCUAUAGAUGCAGCUGGCUCAGGCUACAUUGCACCAGAUGUCCUCUCAUCAGUUGUCACAUACAGCAAAGCGCAGGGAGCAUUUGCUGGUCUGUCCAUGUGGGAUGUUAGCCAAGAUCAAAACAAUUUGAUCAACUAUGGCCCUGGCUGUAUAAAUCAACAACCUUAUAGCCGUGCUAUGAGAUCUAUGCUGUCAGGUUAA